GAGAAACAAAAGUAACCAAUCCACCUGCAUAAUAAGGGAUCGAUGGUGACAGAAUUUCACAUCAAACCUCUAUAGAAGACCCUUAAAUCAAUUUUGUCUUAUCUGCAAAGUCCAAGAGUGUUUAAUACGACAUGGCAGCUCAGAAAGUGACAGAAUGGCGCAAACUGCCUGUCAGUCUCACAGAGCUCUGCAUCGAAACCACACUCCGAUGCGGCCAGUCCUUUAGAUGGCGCAAAAUAAAUGAACAAUGGCACUGCGUUCUUAAAGGCCGUCUCAUCUCCCUAAAACAAGAUCCCACCCAUCUUCACUACAAAGUGACAUGGCCUACCAGUACAGCAACUCCCAAAAAUGAACACCCCCAAGACUUCGAAGACGACACGUCCGUCCUCCUCCACAACUACUUUGCCCUCUCACACUCCCUCACUACCCUUUACGCCCAAUGGUCUCUUUCAGAUGCCAACUUUGCCCGGCGUGCGCCCGCCUUCACGGGGAUCCGCAUCCUUAACCAGGACGCAUGGGAGACGCUGAUCUCCUUCAUCUGCAGCAGCAACAACAACAUUUCGCGCAUCAGCCAGAUGGUACUGAAGCUGUGUACGCACUACGGUCCCUAUGUGGCCACCGUGGAGGGAGAAGCGUUUCAUGAUUUCCCCGGGCCGGAGGCGUUGGCGGGGAAAGGGGUCGAGGCCCAUCUGAGGGAGCUGGGCUUUGGGUAUAGGGCCAAGUACAUUGCUGAGACGGCGGGGUGUGUGGCGCAGGUUUAUGGGGAGAGGUGGUUGCCGAGGUUGAGGAAUCCGGGUGUUCCUGCGUUGGGAGCGGCUGAGGAGGAUAUUUCAGUGAAGAAGGAAGAAGGGGCAGAAGAGAAGGAGUCUGUUGAAUCCAAGGCUGACCUGGACAACCAACCGACCUACCAGAAGGCUCAUGAAGCUCUGUUGACUCUGCCGGGCGUUGGCCCCAAGGUGUCGGAUUGUGUGUGCCUAAUGGGUCUCGGGUGGGGCGAGUCUGUUCCCAUCGACACGCACGUUUGGCAGAUCGCGCAAAGAGACUAUAAUCUUGGUGGGAAAGGGUCUGCCAAGACCAAGACGCUCAACAAGGCCAUGUAUGAGGCCGUAGGCGACCAUUUCAGGAAGAUCUGGGGUCCUCAGGCUGGUUGGGCACAGAGUGUCCUCUUUACUGCGAAUCUCAAGUCGUUUUCCGAACAAGCAGCAGGAGUAGAGAAGAAGGGGGUGGUGAAAGUCGAAGAGGAAAGCCAAGAAGAGAUGGUUACGACUGCUGGGGUUGUGCCCAAACCCGGGAAAAAUAAAGGAGUGGUGGUCAAAAUCGAAGAAAGCGAAGAGAUGGCCGCCACAACGUCAGUGGCCAUGUCCAGGAAACGGAAAACGGUUACUGCGGAAGUGAUACCAAAAGCUGAACCGGACGCCAGCGUCCAGACGACAACAGCCCGGACGUUACGAUCCAGUAAAAGGAUAAAGAGUCAAGUUUGAGGUCGAGAAUAUCGCCGAUGGGGCUGCUUUGUUACCAAUAUAUACCAACUUGAGCACAUAUUCCCAUCUGAUUCACCGCCUCAAUAAACCCACUUUCCACUCCUUGAAUACCCGUUCAGUGGUAGGCAGCAGACAGUUACUCCUGUCUAGACGUUCCAUAACCUCCCUGAUGGCCUCUGUCGGAAGGUUCACCUCCUGGGCAUCGCCAGUAAGUGAAUCCAGCAUGCGGUCAGC